AAAGCUAUCAAUUCACCUAUCCCAAUCCAGUAUCUAGCUACCCCGCAUAAACCGGCGAAUGUAUAGCCCAUGACAACUCAUGACGAUGACAAAGCGUAUGAGUUCUCACCAACAAAACCUCGGGUGAGUUAUGGGGUGAGCGUGUCGUCUUCCUUCACUAAUUGACUCAUUCCCCGGGAAACUCCACAACGAGCGCGGUUCUUAAAUGGCGGCCAAGAAGACGGUUAUCGCGUUUGAUCUAUACGGGACGCUACUAUCUACCGAGUCGAUAGCUCACGAACUAGCUAAGAUCUACGAUGAGGAUAAAGCUAAACAAUUGGCUGCCUUGUGGCGGCGGUACCAGCUGGAAUAUACAUGGCGGAUUAAUAGCAUGGGUGAAUAUAAGUCAUUUAGCGAGAUAACGCGCAAUGCGUUAGGUCAUGCGGUGGCAGAGUAUGGGUUGACACUCUCGGCGAAAGACGCGGAUACCCUUAUGAAGUCGUAUGACGCAUUACAUGUCUUCCCCGAAAUUCCCUCUGCGUUGAAGCUUUUGGAAAACAAUAAAGAUUCGGUGGAUGCCUACGUAUUCUCUAAUGGCACGGAUGAGAUGGUUGGGAACUCGAUCAAAACCUCGCCGGAACUGGGAACGCACGCAGAGAGGUUCAAAUCGUUAAUUACAGUUGACAGCUUAAAGUGUUUCAAACCGGAUAGGAGGGUAUAUGAUCAUCUAGUCGAACAAGUUGGAAAACAGGGGGAAGCAAGUGAUGUUUGGGUUGUAAGCGCCAACCCGUUCGAUAUCGUCGGGUCGAGGGCGGCAGGGCUAAAAGCAGCAUUUAUCGACCGGGUUGGUAAAGGUUGGAUAGACCGGCUAGAUGAAAAGCGCGCACCUGUAGUCGUAGCAUCGGGGGUUGAUGAAGCAAUCAUCUCAAUCCUGAAGGAUUAGUGUAUUAGAUUACAUAUAUAUAGCUAGGUCAUUCUCGUGAAAUAUAACUCUUAUAUAUCCACUGAAAGGGGUAUCGACAAUCUGGUAUCAAGAGACUGCGCUAACGCAGGAAUAAGAGCAUCUACACAAUUUUGUGGAAGCUCUCAAAGAGCUUGAUGAUCUCCUCGGCGAAUAGUUCCGCGUCACCGGGAUAUCGAGCACUGAUGUAAUUAUACUGCUCAUCCUCAACAGUGAACCUAGAA